CGACAGCACCGUCAAGAUCUGGGAUGCAGCGACGGGCACAUGCACUACGACGCUUGAGGGGCAUAGCGGUUGGCAUGAUGUCACGUCCUUGAAGUUGUUUGCCUCCUGGUCAGGUGACGCAAAGCUCCCCUAUCAAUAUAGUAUAAGCUCGGACGGCAGAUGGAUUACAAGGGACUCGGAAAACUGGCUGUGGCUUCCUCCAGGAUGUCGGUCGACAUGUUGGGCCAUAGCGGGAUCUACGAUUGCCAUUGGCUGCGACUCGGGACGUGUCCUGAUUAUGACGUUCCUGACAGACAGCUAGUGCCGAGCUCUCUCCUCACAGUUUCUCUCUCUCCUUUUUCUUAUCAUAGCGUGCCAGAGGAGGGGUCUGGGGGGUUCCUUUAAUUUAUAGUUGUUGUAAUGAAACGGGGAUUCAUGAAACCCCUAAUUUUGGGAUGCCCUGCUCAAAGUGGCCACUGCAUUCUUUUCCUUCUUACGGUUGCGUUGCGUUGCCCUGGGUGGGCAUAUAAGUAGUGGUUACUUCCCCCCGGCCCGCUGGACAGGAUUUAAUCAAGCAUUCCCUUCUCAUUGAACUGAAUUGAAUUGCACUGAAUCGCACUGAACUGAAUUGAACACCCAUUUCCCUCUGAGCAAAGCUCAGAAAACCUUACUUUCCAUCCGUUUGGCCCAUAAGGAUAUCGUAAGGGUAAUCUUGUCAAUACCCUCUGGUUGUUGUUGUGGCCUGUGGCCCU